GCCGAGUCUCUGCUGUAUUUACAUUUGAACUUGGACGAGUUGCAGAUCCACGCCGCUGGUCGUCGGCCCUGGGUCUGUGUCACAGCUGCUGGAUUUACAGGCUGAGAGGAGGAGGAGGACGCUGCCUGAGGCUGUUCUCUCGUUUUGGGCGUUUUUGUCUCCAGCUGGAGUUAUUUUAACUCGAGUGUUUUGGAAAACGCAGCAAUGGGAGACUUUUGGGGAGGAAUAGCCAGUCAGAGAGUAGCCAGAGCCAUGUCGCUGGGCAACGAUGAGGAGGCGGUCCUGGACCGGGGGAAGACCAGCUCCACCCUCCACACAAACUUUGAGAAGGAAGAACUGGAGAGUCACAGAGCGGUGUACGUCGGUGUUCACGUUCCUCUGGGCCGUCAGAGUCGAAGGCGUCACCGCCACCGAGGACACCGACAUCACCGGAAACGGCGGGACCGCUCAGACCGGGAGGACGGACGAGAGUCGCCAACAUACGACACGCCGUCUCAGAGAGUCCAGUUCAUCCUGGGGACGGAGGACGGAGACGAGGAGCACAUGCCCCACGACCUGUUCACCGAGCUGGACGAGCUCGCCUUCAGAGACGGAGACUUCCAGGAGUGGAAGGAGACCGCCAGGUGGCUGAAGUUCGAGGAGGACGUGGAGGACGGAGGUGAGCGCUGGAGUAAACCAUACGUGGCCACGCUGUCCCUCCACAGCCUGUUUGAGCUGCGUUCGUGUAUCCUGAACGGCACUGUGCUGCUUGACAUGAGAGCCAACACCAUCGAGGAGAUCGCAGACAUGGUGAUCGACAGCAUGCUGGCGACGGGUCAGCUGGAGGAGGGCGUUCGAGAGAAGGUGAGAGAGGCCAUGUUGAGGCGCCACCAUCAUCAGAACGAGAAGAAGCUGAGCAACAGAAUCCCUCUGGUCCGAUCGUUCGCUGACAUAGGCAAGAAACACUCGGACCCUCACUUACUGGAGCGAAACGGUCUGCUGGCGUCGCCUCAGUCGGCUCCAGGAAACCUCGACAACAGCAAGAACAGCGAGAGCCGCAUCAACGGAGGAAACGGGGGCAGCAGAGAGAACAGCACGGUGGACUUCAGUAGGGUGGAUAUGAACUUCAUGAAGAAGAUCCCUCCUGGUGCAGAAGCCUCCAACGUUCUGGUCGGUGAGGUCGACUUCCUGGAGCGGCCGAUCAUCGCCUUCGUACGUCUGUCCCCCGCCAUGCUGCUGACCGGCCUCACGGAGGUCCCCGUACCCACCAGGUUCCUCUUCCUGCUGCUCGGCCCGUUUGGUAAAGGUCCUCAGUACCACGAGAUCGGACGCUCCAUGGCCACUCUGAUGACGGACGAGAUUUUUCACGAUGUCGCCUACAAAGCCAAGGACAGGAACGACCUGCUGUCGGGGAUCGACGAGUUCCUGGAUCAGGUCACCGUGCUUCCUCCGGGUGAGUGGGACCCCAGCAUCCGCAUCGAACCCCCAAAGAGUGUCCCAUCUCAGGAGAAAAGAAAGAUGCCGUCUGUCCCCAAUGGCUCCGCCCACGGCUGUGACACGGUGAAGGAGGCGGAGCAUCACACAGGGCCGGAGCUGCAGAGGACAGGGAGGAUCUUUGGCGGUCUGGUGAACGACGUCCGGAGGAAAGCUCCGUUCUACUGGAGCGACAUCAGAGACGCUCUCAGCCUGCAGUGUUUGGCGUCCGUCCUCUUCCUGUACUGUGCCUGCAUGUCGCCCGUCAUCACGUUUGGAGGGCUGCUGGGAGAGGCGACCAAAGGAAACAUAAGCGCCAUAGAGUCUCUGUUCGGGGCGUCUCUCACCGGCGUGGCCUACUCCCUCUUUGCCGGUCAGCCUCUCACCAUCCUUGGUAGCACGGGUCCGGUCCUGGUCUUUGAGAAGAUCCUCUUCAAGUUCUGCAAUGACUAUGGCCUGUCCUACCUGUCCCUAAGGACCAGUAUCGGUCUUUGGACCGCCUUCCUCUGCAUCCUUCUAGUGGCCACAGACGCCAGCUCUCUGGUCUGCUACAUCACCCGCUUCACCGAGGAGGCCUUCGCCGCCCUCAUCUGCAUCAUCUUCAUCUACGAGGCGCUGGAGAAGCUGGUGCACCUGGGGGAGGUUUACCCCAUCAACAUGAACAACCAGCUGGACAACCUCACCUUCUACAGGUGUCAGUGCUCUCCUCCCACCAACGCCUCGGCUGAGAUCCAGAAGAUCUGGAGCAAAAGAAACCUGAACUUUGAAAGCAUUGAGUGGGAGCUGCUCAAUGUAGAGGACUGUAAGGAACUGCGUGGGGUGUUUGUGGGCUCGGCCUGCAGCCACAACGGUCCCUACGUCCCCGACGUCCUCUUCUGGUCCGUCAUCCUCUUCUUCACCACCUUCUUCCUCUCCUCCUUCCUCAAACAGUUCAAGACGAAGAGAUACUUCCCCACCAAGGUUCGCUCUACCAUCAGCGACUUUGCUGUGUUCCUGACCAUCAUGAUCAUGGUGUUGGUGGAUUAUCUGGUCGGAGUUCCUUCACCUAAACUCAACGUCCCGGACCGCUUCGAGCCCACAUCCAGCAACCGUGGUUGGCUGAUCUCCCCUCUCGGUCCGAACCCCUGGUGGACGCUGCUGGCGGCCGCCGUCCCCGCACUGCUCUGCACCAUCCUCAUCUUCAUGGACCAGCAGAUCACCGCCGUCAUCGUCAACAGGAAGGAGAACAAACUGAAGAAAGGCUGCGGCUAUCACCUGGACCUGCUGGUGGUGGCGGUGAUGCUGGGCUUGUGCUCCAUCAUGGGUCUGCCGUGGUUCGUGGCGGCGACCGUGCUCUCCAUUUCUCACGUUAACAGUCUGAAGCUGGAGUCGGAGUGUGCGGCGCCAGGCGAGCAGCCGAAGUUCCUCGGUAUCAGAGAGCAGAGAGUGACGGGCUUCAUGAUCUUCGUCCUGAUGGGCUGCUCCGUCUUCAUGACCUCGGCCCUCAAGUUCAUCCCAAUGCCAGUCCUGUAUGGAGUCUUCCUCUACAUGGGCGCGUCCUCGCUCAAAGGAAUUCAGCUCUUCGACCGGAUCAAACUGUUCGGUAUGCCAGCCAAACACCAGCCCGACCUGAUCUACCUGCGCUACGUCCCUCUGUGGAAGGUCCACAUCUUCACCGUGGUCCAGCUGAGCUGUCUCAUCAUCCUCUGGGCCAUCAAGACCUCAGCCGCUGCCGUCAUCUUCCCCAUGAUGGUUCUUGCUCUGGUGUUCAUCCGGAAGCUUCUGGAUUUCUGCUUCACGAAGAGAGAGCUGAGCUGGCUGGACGACCUGAUACCAGAGAGCAAGAAGAAGAAAGAAGAUGACAAGAAGAAGAAAGAGAAGGAGGACGCUGAGAGGAUGCUGGAGGAGGCGGAGGAUGACCAGCCGUACCACGGAGGAAACCUCAUGAACUACCCGAUCAAAAGCAUGAAGGGCCGAGUGGACCCCUCAGAGGUGAACAUCUCUGAUGAAAUGGCCAAAAGCGGCAUUUGGAAGUCGGUGGCGAUGAACUCAGACAGCAGCAAAGCUCUGAAACGCAGCCACAGCUCUCAGAAACUGCAGAGUAUCGAGAUAAACGUGGAGAACGAGGACGGCCAGAAAGUCGUGGAUGCUGAGACGUCGUUAUGAUGCACCACUGCCCUUCACCACAAGGUGGCGCCAUUUGAAGAAGAAGAGGGUGACGCUGCUGAGAUUCUCUCAUCCUUCAUCUUCUCUGCACGGAGGUGAACGCUCACAGGAGGACAAAUCAGGCUUCACCUCGCCGUGUCGUUUCCUCAGGCGGAGGUGAACAUUUUAUUUCCUCAUCGUUUUAUGAUGAAACACGGAAACUCAGCCACUCAGAGCCAAAAUGGCCGCCACUGUUGGAAACAACUUCCUCAGGUCUCUUUGAUUACUUUAUAAUCAGGUGGUCUGCUGCUGCGCUGUGAUUGGCUGCCGGAAAAUUAAACUAAAGCACAGACUUGAUGGAUUUUUCAAAACAACACAAGAAGUUAAAAUUUUAUGUUUUAAAUGUUUCUGCUUUCAUGAAGCACAGAGUUUUUAUUUAAUCUGUCAUGCUGAUUUAAUUUUAUAUGUAUCUGUAGAUUCGUCUUGAUGGAUGUCUGUGGAUUUGUCUGGAUGGAUGUCUGUGAAUUUGUCUGGAUGGAUGUCUGUGGCUUUAUCUGGAUGGAUGUCUGUGGAUUCGUCUGGAUGGAUGUCUGUGGAUUUGUCUGAAUGGAUAUCUGUGGAUUUGUCUGGAUGUCUGUGGAUUUAUGUGGAUGGAUGUCUGUGGAUCUGUCUGGAUGUCUGUGAAUUUGUCACGAUGUCUUUGGAUUUCUCUGGAUGUCUGUGGAUUCGUCUGGAUUGUUGUCUGUGGAUUUGUCUGGAUGGAUGUCUGUGGAUUUAUCUGGAUGUCUGUGGAUUUAUCUGGAUGUCUGUGGAUUUGUCUGGAUGUCCGUCUGGAUAUCUGUGGAUCUGCCUGGAUGUCUGUGGAUUUGUCUGGAUGUCUGUGGAUUUGUCUGGAUUUCUGUCUGGAUAUCUGUGGAUCUGCCUGGAUGUCUGUGGAUUUGUCUGGAUGUCUGUGGAUCUGCCUGGAUGUCUGUGGAUUUGUCUGGAUGUCUGUGGAUUUGUCUGGAUGGAUGUCUGUGGAUUUGUCUGGAUAUCUGUGGAUCUGUCUGGAUG